AUGAUGGGCCAUCGUCCGGUGCUCGUGCUCAGCCAGAACACAAAGCGUGAAUCUGGAAAGAAAGUUCAAUCUGGAAACAUCAAUGCUGCCAAGAUUCAAGUACAGCAUCCAGCAGCCAAGUCUAUGAUUGAAAUUAGCCGGACCCAAGAUGAAGAAGUUGGAGAUGGGACCACAUCAGUAAUUAUUCUUGAAUGUACCCCUGUCGACAUCAAUAACCGUGAUAUGAUGCUGAACAUCAUCAACAGCUCCAUUACUACCAAAGCAAUCAGUCGGUGGUCCUCUUUGGCUUGCAACAUUGCAUUUGAUGCUGUCAAGACUGUACAGUUUGAGGAGAAUGGUCGGAAGGAGAUUGACAUCAAGAAAUAUGCUAGGGUGGAAAAGAUACCUGGGGGCAUCAUUGAAGAUUCAUGUGUCUUACGUGGAGUCAUGAUUAACAAGGAUGUGACCCAUCCACGAAUGCGGCGCUAUAUCAAGAACCCUCGCAUUGUGCUGCUGGAUUCUUCUCUGGAAUACAAGAAAGGAGAAAGUCAGACUGACAUUGAGAUCACACGAGAGGAAGACUUUACCCGAAUCCUCCAAAUGGAAGAAGAAUAUAUCCAGCAGCUCUGUGAAGACAUUAUCCAACUGAAGCCUGACGUUGUCAUCACAGAAAAGGGCAUCUCAGAUUUAGCUCAGCACUACCUCAUGCGGGCCAAUAUUACAGCCAUUCGCAGAGUCCGGAAGACAGACAAUAAUCGCAUCGCUAGAGCCUGUGGGGCCCGGAUAGUCAGCCGACCAGAAGAACUGAGAGAAGAUGAUAUUGGGACAGGAGCAGGUCUGUUGGAAAUCAAGAAAAUUGGAGAUGAGUACUUCACAUUCAUCACUGAGUGUAAAGACCCCAAAGCCUGUACCAUUCUCCUCCGUGGAGCCAGCAAAGAAAUUCUUUCGGAAGUAGAACGCAAUCUCCAGGAUGCUAUGCAAGUGUGUCGCAAUGUUCUCCUGGACCCUCAGCUGGUGCCAGGAGGUGGGGCCUCUGAGAUGGCUGUGGCCCACGCACUGACGGAAAAAUCCAAGGCCAUGACUGGUGUGGAGCAGUGGCCAUACAGAGCUGUUGCCCAGGCCUUAGAGGUCAUUCCUCGUACCCUUAUCCAAAACUGUGGGGCCAGUACCAUCCGUCUGCUUACCUCCCUUCGGGCCAAGCACACCCAGGAGAACUGUGAGACUUGGGGUGUGAAUGGUGAGACAGGUACUUUGGUGGACAUGAAAGAACUUGGCAUCUGGGAGCCAUUGGCUGUGAAACUACAAACCUAUAAAACAGCAGUGGAGACGGCAGUCCUGUUAUUGCGGAUUGAUGACAUCGUCUCGGGCCACAAAAAGAAGGGUGAUGACCAGAGCCUGCAAGGAGGGGCUCCUGAUGCUGGCCAGGAGUGA